ACGUCUUCGUCCGCUGUGGCCCCUCGGAUCCUCGCGCUGCCACAAUCGGGAGCGGCCAUGUCAUGGUGUCGUCCUCUCGUUAUCCACGCCCUCACCACCUUCCUCCGCCUUCGAGAUCAAUCCCAAUCCUGACUAGUCAACUCCAGACCCGCAGAUUUGGCGCCGUCCUCCCCAGCGUUGCUUCCUCUCCCCUCCCAAAGCCCUCGUUUCCUGCUCCAUUUUGCUACUUCGAAGGCGGCUGCGGCGGAAAUGGCGGUGGCUUCCUCCUAUGUGGCAUCCAUUUCUAAGGUCCUCCGCAGGGAUCGUAGAUCUCCGUCUGUGUUCUCCGUGGCUUUCUCCCGUUUGCCGUACUCCGCCGGCUGCAGGUCCCGACCUCCGCCUCUUGUAGUCUUGGGAAGUGGGUCGUCGAGUGGGAGGAACGAUAGCUUUCCUUGCUCAACUGCAUCAUCGCCUCUCGUCCCGGUUUUGAGGAGUAGACAAGUUUUGUGCAAAGCUGAAUUAAAUGUUUCAGGGGAGAUUCCAAAUAGUCCAGCAGCUGAAAUGAGCCAGUAUGAGAGGAUUGUCGAACUUCUUACUACUCUUUUCCCUGUUUGGGUUAUAAUAGGCACAAUCAUUGGCAUAUACAAACCAUCUAUGGUUACUUGGUUAGAGACAGACCUUUUCACUCUUGGCUUGGGGUUCCUCAUGCUUUCCAUGGGGUUGACCCUCACAUUUGAAGAUUUCAGGAGAUGCAUGAGAAAUCCAUGGACAGUGGGUGUAGGAUUUCUUGCUCAAUAUUUAGUCAAACCUUUGCUUGGCUUCGUAAUUGCUAUGACUUUGAAAUUAUCUGCUCCUCUCGCAACUGGUCUUAUCCUGGUAUCAUGUUGUCCUGGAGGUCAAGCAUCCAAUGUAGCAACUUAUAUAUCAAAAGGAAAUGUAGCACUUUCAGUUCUUAUGACGACUUGUUCAACAAUUGGGGCUAUAGUAAUGACACCUCUUCUCACUAAGCUUCUCGCCGGUCAGCUUGUCCCAGUUGAUGCAGCUGGAUUGGCCAUCAGUACUUUUCAGGUUGUUUUGGUCCCCACCAUUGUUGGCGUAUUGGCAAAUGAGUAUUUCCCUAAGUUUACCAAGAGAAUAUCCACACUCACCCCAUUGAUUGGUGUUAUCCUUACUACAUUGUUGUGCGCAAGCCCUAUCGGGCAAGUUGCAGAAGUCUUGAAAUCUCAGGGAGCACAACUUAUUAUUCCUGUAGCUCUCCUUCAUGUAGCAGCGUUUGCCCUUGGCUAUUGGUUGUCUAGACUUUCAACAUUUGGGGAAUCCACUUCUCGUACCAUUUCAAUAGAAUGCGGCAUGCAGAGUUCUGCUCUUGGAUUUUUGCUUGCUCAAAAACAUUUCACAAAUCCCCUCGUCUCUGUUCCUUCAGCUGUGAGCGUUGUCUGCAUGGCGCUCGGUGGGAGUGCUCUUGCUGUUUUCUGGAGGAACAGGCCUAUUCCUGCUAAUGACAAGGAUGACUUUCAAGAGUGAUGAAGAAACAUACGAUUUCUUUCCUGUUUGCUCGUCGUAUCGAAAGCCUAAAGGAAUUCUUGUACUGACGAAGAUAGGCAUAGAUGGAGCAAUUUCCGAUCCCCUUGAACUAUGUGGGGGAAUCGAUAUCGGAUAUGGGUCUGCAGAAACUAGAUUCUUGUUUCUCCGAUUUGCUAGUUAUACAUUCAUCUGAAUAAGAUUGUUGGUUUGCUCCAAAUGCAUUAAAGCAUUGUUAUCCAAAUACAUCACACAGAAAUAUGAUGAAUAUUCUUAGUUUUAAUCCUUCAAA